AUGAAAAGGAAAACAAAUGUUGAAGUUGGGAAAAUUAUGACUGACAAGAUGGUAGCUGCUACAUCUUCGCAAGGUGGCACUUCGAGUGUUACUGCGAAGAGGAAACAAAGGAUAAUAGUUACAAUUGAAGAGUCACUCAAUUUUCCUAACCUAGAUGAGGGACCCAAUGAGAGGACAACAUUUGAACAUUCAGAUUAUGUUCUUGUCACUGAUGUGAGGAGUAAAGUGAGGACAACAGGCGUUGCUUAUGCUCAAAACAUGCAAGAUUUUGACAAGAGAUCGUCUAAGGUUGAGGUUGCAUUGUCUACAUUUCGAUCGAACCAUGAAGCUUUGUCUGUCAAGUUCACAUUUGAAGUUAAUGAAAUUAAAAAGAUGCUGGAAACUCUUUCUGAAAAGGUGUGUAAAAAUGGGAGAGAUCCACCUACGGCGGAGUAUGUGCAU